AUGACAGUUGAAUGGCGAACUUGUCUUGAACAUUGUGACCAGGCGCUCCCGACCAAACCGAUGGCCCCAGUUCCCCACCGCGAGAUCAUUUGCAGCUUUCUGUCUUGCCUUGGCGUCUUCUGUACCGAAAGACCGACCGACCGACCGACCGACAGCCCCGGUGUUGAACACGCGAUGAGAUGGAAUGGGAUGGGACGGGAAGACAUGUGCAGCUGUACGAAGUGUGGAAGUGGUAUUCAAUCGUGUCCAUCAUGUCAAUCGCUUCUGUCUCGUUGUCGUCACGUCGUCACACUCGGCUAG